AUGGAUGAGAAGGAGGAAUUACAUCUAACCUCGCAAGAGUUACAAGUGUUGUCAGAACUUGACAGCCGUCAGUUUGGAUUUUUAAAACUUCGUGGUACUGAACAUGGAAGAACUCGUGCACUGGUUCUCAAAGCAGUCAAAUAUCUGGAGGGCAUGUUGGUUCAAGUUAAGGAAGAAGAGAGGGCUUGUUCCCCUGGUGCUAGAAGAGAAAUUUGUAUAGAUCCCAAGACAUACUGCAAGUUAGGACAUUUCCAUUUACUACUUGAGGAUUAUGCGAAAGCAAUGUCAGCCUAUCAGAAAUUUUAUGCUUUGGAGCAGGAUAAUUGGAAAGAUCCACUUUUUCUCUAUGGACUGGGCCUCUGCUAUUAUCACUAUAAUGCUUUUGAUUGG